CCACAAAGGAUGCAAACGAGAAAGAUAAAGAAGGUUUCCUAAGAUUAGUUUUACUUGGUAAGACAGGUGUUGGAAAGAGCACUACUGGGAAUACAAUUUUGGGAAAACAGCUUUUCCCAUCUUCAUCUUCUUCGUCCUCUACAAACGACGAAUGUUCGACAAAAAGCGUAUAUAGGUUUAACAGAAAAAUCCAGAUCAUCGACACUCCAGGCCUCUUUGAUACAUCUUUAAAAAACGAGACUGUCCAGAAUGAAAUUGUCAAAUGUAUUACCAUGUCCUCACCUGGUCCACAUGCAUUUAUUCUUGUUCUCAAUAUUGCUCGCUUCACAAAAGAGGAAGAAGAAUCAUUUCUGGCAUUUGUGAAGCUAUUUGGGGAUCCAGUAUAUGAGUAUUUUAUCAUUCUUUUCACAAGAAAAGAUGACUUAGAGUUUGAGAAAAAUCCUUGA